AUGUGUUGUUUACUCAUGUUUUUAUCUUAUUAUGUUUUAGAUCCUACGACAGCUGUUCCUGGCCAGCAAACGUCAUAUGCUGCAAUCUUAAGGAUAAAAUCAGCAGGUUCAUCUUCUACUUUGUUUAACACUAAGAACAGACCAAGAUACGGUAGCUCAUCUUUAGAAACCUUUGAUCACUCCUCACGAUCCUGGCGGGACAGAGCAAAAUAUCACAGUCUGCCAACAAAUCUCUACCAUUUUUCUGAAGCCUUCCGACAAAAUGAUGAGAGUGUGGAUUAUGGGCCAGUAUUUGUCCAAGAACCAGAAAAUGUAAUAUUUCCCAUGGACUCUGAUGAAAAGAAAGUGGCUCUUAACUGUGAGGCAAGAGGAGCACCUGCUCCAAGUUAUAGAUGGCUUCGAAAUGGAACAGAAAUAGACUUGGAAAGUGAUUAUCGCUACAGUUUAAUAGAUGGAAAUUUUAUUAUUACCAGUCCAAAUGAGAUGAAGGAUUCUGGUCAAUAUCAGUGCUUAGCAGCCAACUCCUUUGGCAGUAUCCUUAGUAGAGAGGCGACACUUCAAUUUGCCUAUCUCGGAAAUUUUAGCGGUCGAGUAAGAAGCGCAGUUUCAGUGAGAGAAGGCCAGGGGGUUGUACUCAUGUGCUCUCCACCACAUCACUCCCCAGAGAUUGUCUACAGCUGGGUUUUUAAUGAGUUCCCCUCUUUUGUGGCUGAAGAUAGCCGACGUUUCAUCUCCCAGGAGACGGGGAAUCUUUAUAUCUCCAAAGCACAGGCUUCUGAUGUUGGCAGCUAUAUUUGUCUUGUAAAAAAUCACUUGACUAACACGAGAGUCAUGAGUCCUCCUACACCACUAACACUAAGAAACGACGGUGUGAUGGGAGAAUAUGAACCAAAAAUUGAGGUCCAUUUUGCAUAUACAUUUACGGCUGCCAAGGGAACAGCUGUUAAAAUGGAGUGUUUUGCACUUGGCAACCCUGUUCCUACAAUUUCAUGGAGGAAAGUAAGCGGUUAUAUUCCAAGUAAAGCUCGUUUAAGGAAAUCACAAGCAGUUUUAGAAAUUCCAAAUGUGCAGUUAGAAGAUGCUGGGACUUAUGAGUGUAAAGCUGAGAAUAACCGCGGAAAGAACGCAUUCAGAGGUCAACUUCAAGUAUACACACAGCCACAGUGGGUUGAGAAGAUUAAUGACACUCAACUAGACAGUGGAGAUCAGCUACAUUGGGAAUGCAAGGCCACUGGAAAGCCAAGACCAAUAUAUCGUUGGCUGAAGAAUGGCCUUCCCUUGAUGCCACAGAACAGAAUUGAAAUGGUUAACGGCAUGCUAACAAUCCACAAUGUGAACCAAUCAGAUGCUGGAAUGUACCAGUGCUUAGCAGAAAAUAUUUAUGGCAUUAUUUAUGGAAGUGCAGAGCUUAAGGUUUUAGCUUUGGCUCCGACUUUUGAAAUGAACCAGAGGCAAAAAACGAUCAUCAUUACGAAGGGUAAAGAAGUUGUUAUAGAAUGUAAACCACAAGCGUCUCCAAAACCAGUUAUCUCGUGGAUGAAAGGUGACAAAUCGCUAAGACAGAACAAGAGGGUAGCUGUUCUUCCAGAUGGAAGUUUACGGAUCUUAAAUGCUUCUAAGUUAGAUGAAGGAAGAUACUUAUGCCGUGGGGAGAAUGUGUUUGGUUCUGCAGAAACUGUAGCAUCUGUGUUUGUUACAGACCCAACAAGAAUAGAGUUGACUCCAAAAAGAACAGAACUCACAGUUGGGGAGAGCAUUGUACUGAGCUGCAAGGCUGUUCAUGACCCUCUGCUGGACGUAUCAUUUCAUUGGAGCUUAAAUGGACAGCCUGUUGAAUUUGAAAAGGAAGAUGGUCAUUUUGAGAACAUCAGGGCACAAGCAUCAUCAGCAGAUUUAAUGAUUAGAAACAUCCUUCUGAUACAUGCUGGUAGAUAUGGCUGCCGGGUGCAGACCACAGCUGACAGUGUGUCAAAUGAAGCAGAAGUUCUUGUUAGGGGUCCUCCAGGACCCCCUGGGGUUGUAAUUGUAGAGGAAAUUACAGAAAGUACAGCAACUCUGUCCUGGAGUCCCGGAGCUGACAAUCACAGCCCUAUUAUCUAUUACAACCUUCAAGCCCGCAGUCCAUUUUCGCUUGGCUGGCAGACUGUGAAAACAGUUCCUGAAACUAUUAGUGGAGAUAUGGAGUCAGCAAUGGCAGUGGAUCUUAAUCCCUGGGUGGAAUAUGAGUUUAGAGUUGUAGCCACUAACACCAUUGGGACUGGAGAUCCAAGUGUACCAUCCCGGGUCAUCAGAACCAGUGAAGCAGUUCCAAAGACUCCUCCAGCGAAUGUCAGUGGAGGAAGUGGAAGACGCCACGAGUUAGUGAUAACAUGGGAGCCAAUCUCAGAAGAAUAUCAGAAUGGUGAAGGAUUUGGUUACAUAGUAGCUUUCAGACCAAAUGAUACAAGAGGCUGGAAAGAGAAAAUGGUGACGUCUUCAGAUGCCUCGAAGUUUAUAUACAGAGAUGAAAGUACCCCACCCCUUACACCUUUCGAAGUUAAGGUUGGCGUUUACAACAAUAAAGGAGAUGGCCCAUUUAGCCCUAUUGUUGUCAUUUGUUCUGCUGAAGGGGAGCCCAGCAGUUCUCCGGUGGAGGUUGAAGCUGUAGGUGUCUCUGCAUCAGAAAUUCUUGUAAAAUGGAAACCUUUUAAAGAAAAUCUAGGAAAAUCACUGGGAUUUGAGGUUAGUUACUGGAGUGAUAUGGAACAAGAAGAGGCUGCAGAAAAAGUAAAAACGGCAGGAAAUGAGUCGUCCAUCAUCCUGACAGACUUAGAAGGAAAUACAUUAUAUCACAUCACAGUAAGGGCAUACAACAAAGCUGGUUAUGGGCCACCAAGCAAUGCAGUACGUGCAGCAACAAAAAAAUCACCUCCCAGUCAAGCUCCAAGCAUUGUUAUGUGGAUGAGAGAUGGUUCUCAUGUAUCUUUGGGCUGGGAAGAGGUCACGCCAUUAGCGAAUGAAUCAGAAGUCAUGGGAUAUAAGGUCAUGCUGAGACAGGAAGGUCACAGUAACAGUCAAGUCAUUGAAACGCAGAAAACAUCAGCAGUUGUUCUUCUUCCUGAUGUUGGUUUUUAUAUUAUUGAAGUGCGAGCUGUUAGUGAAGGUGGGGAUGGAACUGCCAGCUCCCAGAUCAGAGUUACAUCUUAUUCAGGGGGAAAAAUCACAAGCUCCCAGCCUACAUUACAUAAUAUUUCUACAUCUUCAUCAUCUAUAACAUUAUUAUUGGCACUGGUAGUUCCCACAACGUCAUGGUGA